AUGUCGGAGAAGAAUCCGUCGGACAAUGAGGUAGUGGUGGAGCAGGAGCAGCAGGCCGCGCCCUCGGCCGAAUCCCUCCCCUUUCCGGCCGCUUCCGCCUUUCAUCCGGUCCGCACGCUGGCCAGUACGGGUGUCCCGGCCCUCCAUCCCAGUCUGGUGCAGAGCACGUCGGCGUUUCAGCCCGUCUCCCAGCCGCCCCUCGCGCAAUCUCUGCCCGAAGCGAGCAUGGCCAGCGAGCCGAACGUGGACCGCAUGAUCACGGCGCUGCGCCAGAUCCAGUUGCUCCAACAACAGCUCCACACCCAGCCCGCACCUCCGCCGCCGGCCACUCAGCCCACCCCACAACUGUUGAUGGCCCAACUUCUGCAGAAACAGGCCCAACAAAGCGCCUCCACCCAGCAGUUGUUGGAUAGGUUCCCGCAACUCAACCCGGAUCUGGUCGAGCUCCUCAGAAACUCGAGUUUACACACCAACAGCUUGAUCCAAAUCCCACCAACCACCCUGGCCGAUCAGAGUUUGACACUCUUGCAACAGUUGCAGCAGAGCUCGCAAAGCGCAAUCACGGACCGACUCCUGGCCAAUUAUCAGAAAAAUGUGGCCGAUCAACAGCAGCAGAUGAUCAUGAAGGGCAUGAAGAACUUCACUGAGGUAAGACAGAGAUGUUUUAAGUGGUUUUGCGAUGGAAAAAAUGUUGUUUUGGAGAGUUUUCGGGGGUUUCUAGAUCAGAUACCUAGUAUAAUAUAAAUUGAUGUCUAAUUUCUUGAUUUUGUGGGUGAUUUUGAAAAUUAAGGUCUGUGAAGAGCCUAAAAUACGAUUGGGCUCAUUUAUUUUGGAAUUCAAAACAUUUUCGUGGCAUUUUUUGACUUUUUUAUAGUCUAGUACAAUAUCAUUUUUUUGUCUAGCUCUUGGAAUUUCAUGGAGAUAUUGGAGGAUAAGGGUUGUAAAUAGGGUAAAAUACGGUUUCAUGACCUGGCUUGCGAUUUGAAAACCACCAUAAUCAGUUGUCGCAUUUUUUUACAAACCGGCCUAAACUAAAUUUAUUCAGAAUCUCCCAAAUCUCUCGACCAUCAUCAACCAAAACAAGUCCCAACCAUUGCCGGCGGCCUCUUCCUCCGCUCAAGUCACCACUUACAAGCAUCCGAUUCGUCGCGGUCCCGGCCGUCCCCGUCGUCAGCCCGACCCACUUCCAUCCUCUCGUCCUCCGACAAUCCAAACCCGCAUUCAGCCGAGUGCCGACGAGAGGAUCAGCCAUCCGAACUCAUCCGAUUCCUGCUCCAAUAUCACAAAUUUCCUGAUGAAAUUCAAUCAGAGCCACGAAGCGGAGUUCUCCCGCAAAGCUAUCGAAAGCUUGAUCAAAAAGCUGAAGGAUCGUCCCGACGACAUCGACAAUUUGCUUCAGGCGAUCACCACAGAUGGUCGGCAUGAGGGUGGCUGCAUUUUGAUCCCACGCACCUUGGAUGGACGACUUCAGGUGGCCGGAAGAAAGGGCUUUCCUCAUGUGGUGUACGCCCGCAUUUUCCGUUGGGCCGACCUCCACAAGAACGAGAUUCGCGGCCUCUCGCUGUGCAAGACCAACUUUGACAUCAAGGCGGACCAUGUGUGUGUGAACCCCUAUCAUUACGAGCGAAUCCCGCAGAGCGUGACGGUCGAUUUGGGCAAUCCGAUGAUGUCCCACGCCUCGCGCUACACGAAGCGCCCCUUCCAGAACGACAUGCGCUUCCAGCUGCCAAUCGAGCCUUCGGCCACCGUCGCCGUCCCUCCCGACCCCGCACACAACGUGGACAAGCACUCGAAGCCGAAGCGAAGCCGCAACGACGAGCACUAUCCGAUGAUCGCCACCCCGCCCGAAGACAUAAUGCGCACUCUGCAGAAGCGACAGGCCGAAAUGAAGGAGGAGAAGAUGAUCGCAACCACUUCGCAGAUCACUGUGAACACGGACACCGUGGACGCGGUCACUUCGGCCGCCGCAUUCAACAACGAUCUUAUCCAUACGAGUCUGGCCGAAACUCUCCUUCUAAAUGCGGCCACACAGAACUUCCUGAAGAAGAAUUUGAUCAGCCCGUCGAUUGGAAUUAAUCAGGGAUUCUUGCAGACCCCACAACUUCAAAAUCAAAUGUCCGCCGGACUUCUGGCCGAAGAUUCCGCCCAAAAACAGAUGGCCGAUAACGUGGCCCAGAAACUGUUCGAAGCGAUCGUCCGCGAGAAAACGGAGCAAUUGCAGAACGAGGCCUCCCACAAAGAACCCAUCAGCACUCAGGCGGCGCCGAUGGCCCCGGCCAAGGUGGAGGAAUUGGCCAAGAAAUUGACCCAACAUUACCAUAACCAGGGCGUGGACGCGGACGGACAAUUGCUCGUUAUCGAGCAGCCGGAGAACCCGGAAAGCCAAACCCAAGCCGCAAUGCCCGCCAAGUCCAUUGAGGAGGUGUUGGAGAAGGACUUGAGCAGUCAUGAUCCCAUCAAGACCUUGAAGGAUCGCCUCAUGUUGGACUUGACUCUCAACAAACACAAUAAAAAUACGGUCGAUUCGGAGGGAUAUGACCUGCGGAUGUUCUGCAAAAUGCAUCCAUUGAGUGCGACCGUCUUCAUGGAGCUGGUCACCGAGAUGUGCAGCAACAUGGGACCGCAGGUCAGCCCGGAUUUGGUCAAAAACGCCCUGGCCGACAUGCACAGUGCAAAGACGGAGCUAUCCGAUCAAAUUGCCGCCAUUUUGGGACGAUUCUCCAACUCGAAGAGGAUGAUUGACACUCCCGCCAGCUCCUUGGGAUCUCCUCGCAUGGAGCCAAGAGCUGUGGUCCCACAAAUCCGACAAGUCAUCAAUGACGUCAUCGGCAAAUUGGAGGACUCCGAGAAGUUCAUAAUCGAGCCGUUGGAGAAUUUGGUGACUGUUUUGGAUCAACAAUCACCUGAGGAUGCGCUGAGACAGCUGAUCUGUGCCAUGUUCAACCAUGACAUCACCAAAUACACAACUCCUGAGAAGCCUCGUAAGUGACUAAAAUAAUAUUGGAGAAGGUGUUUAGGACACUGGAAAAGGUUCAAAAUUAAUUUUUUGGGCUCUCUAAGGUCUUUGCAUGCCUUUUCUGACACAAAAAAUUUUUCAUCCAAAAUUUUCAUAGCUCUUAAAUAUCCUAAUUUCCUCAAUUUCAGCUCAAGAAGAAGCGAGCGGAGGCCUCGACCGGACCUGUUCCUUCAAAUACUUUGAGCUGGGCCGUCAACGCGGCCCGACCUUCCAUGGCAAGAAUGCGGUGGUCGCUGUGGGCGUGAUGCCGCCGAGCAUGGAGCAUAAACUCUGCGAUUUCUUCAGUCUGACUGAGGCGAUCAGCCAAGACGACAACGAAAUGCCGUUGAAUUUGCAACGAUUCUUGAAUUAUAAUCGGUAAGGAGGGGUUUGCAAUUGGUUUUUUCGGCGAAGGAAAUUGGUUUUUAGAGGGAAAAGUUUCGGGUCAAAAACAUGUCAUGAUGACGGAAUUUUUGGAAAUUCUAAAAAAUUUUGUGCUAGAUCUGAUGUCAAGUUCAAUAUAGAGUGGUUUUAUAUAAGCUUACAACGAAUUUUCGACGCAAAAUUAUACUUUUGAGAAAAAAUAAUAUUUUUUGGACGCAAAUUCAAAAAAUGUGUCACUUUGACAAUAUUUUUUGAAAUUUCUAGAAAAUUUUUCGUUGGAUCAGAUGCUCAGUUGAAUAUUGAUCAUGUAUGCACAAAAUGUUUCUGAUAUCUCGUAUUCCAGGUCGCGAAUCGGCCGUGGUUUUAUGGUGGAGACCACGCGCGAAGGCGACGUCUACAUAAAAUCGGUGAAUUCGAGCGGGCUCCUGGUCACAACCGGCUACCUGGACCGCGAAGACUCCUUCACACCCAACGACCGACGCCACACCCUGAGCGAGGGCCAAGUGAUGAAGGUCUACGACUUCAAACAGGCCUUCCAUCAGAUGUGCUUCUGGAUCUCCCACCGGGAGAAUGUUCGCAACGAAACGGGCAGCGACGAGACUGGAGAGGUAAGCAAUUGGGAGCUUGUGAUGUGGAGGUUAUCCACGGUAGAUUUCGGCAAAAUUCAAUGAGUUUUGAAUAUCAUUGCUUUUUUAGCGAUUCAUCUCCCAAAUGCGAGCUCUUUGCGCCGUCAGAUGCAUGUACAACGUGGAUUGGAGCGAAGGAGCCAGCCCCGACUUCAACAAGACCCCAUGCGCCGUGGAGUUCUAUGUUAAUGGGUAAGGUUUUGGUUUAAAAUUGAAGUUGGGAAAUUGUAUUAUUGAUGGCAUUUUGAUAGGUAAUGUAAGGAAACGUGACAUUUUUACAUCCGAUAUCAAGUGUAAUGUAAUUGUUGGCCUUAAUUAGUUUCAAAAUGCAAAUAUGAAGUGAGGAAGUAGCCUUAAUGCCCUUUUAUGUGUUUUUAUGUCUAGACUGGGAUAUUUAUUAUAUUACACAUGACAGCUUUCUAUCUGAUGUCAAGUAUAAUAUAAUUUUUGCGCCAAAUUCGCUCCAAAACGCUUUCAUAAAGCAAAUCAAACUCAAAUCAAGUGUCUAUCAGUUUGUAAGGCAAGAUUUGGCGAUUAAUUAUAUUAAGGAUGUAAUUUUUAUGUUAGCCAUGAAGUGCAAUAUAAUUUUCAUCGUUUUUGAGUUCACAACAUAACUCAAUCUACUUUCAGUGCUCUUGUGGUCCUAAAUGAACUCCUGGACAAUCCGCGAAAGGCUCGGUACUACGUCCGUCACGGUCGUCUUCCACGAAAAUACCGAGUUCCGACGGCCGAAGAGGAGCGCUCUCGCCGAACCACAGUCUGA